CCAAUUAUCUAUCGGACAAGUUCAUUUAGAGGCGAACAAAUACGAUAACAUUUUUUAAAAUCGUUUAAAUAAAAGCAUUCAUUUAGCAGAUAAAAAACAACUAAACAACUAAACACACUUGUAUUAUUCGACUUAAAAAUGAAAAUAGACGACGCUUCCUCACCCGUGCCGGACGAAGCCGACGGGCCCGGAGAAACAAUCAGUCACGGUGACGGGGCACUGGAACUCGAACCGCCUGAAGAAGGUGCCACGUUAGAAAGUCCGCCAGAUGGUGGGCUUCGGGCAUGGUUGAUUGUGCUUGCAUGUACAGGAAUUAAUGCUCUACUCGGCAUAUUGCGAAUUUUAAUACAAGUGUGUCUUCUUGAUGUGGUUAUGGUUAUGUCAUCUGAGACAGGAAUAGAAAGUGACACACUGGGGGAAAUGUCUGAGCAAUUUAUUGCACUUUCAGAUGUGUAUGCUCCACUUGCUGCAUUUGUUAUGAUAUUCUUUGGUUACCGGGCAACCAUUUGCAUAGGAGCCAGUGUUGUUAUGACAACUUUAAUUAUCUUGUCCUACCUUGGUGACGAUGAUACAGAAAACUUUAUAAAAUUUCUUUUGUAUGGACCAACAGCGAUAGGAAUGAGUUUCAUUCAACUUGGAGCUCUGAUACCGGUACUCGAAUAUUUUACAACAAAGAGAAUGAAAGCAUUAUUUCUGUCAAAACUUGGCAAUUUUGUCGGAGAGUUCAUUCUUAUGGUCAUAUUAAUUGAGGGUGCAUUUACCGGUGAAUCUAAAGUGACAGUGGAGUGGAGAGACUUUUUGAGGGGUUGCUCUGGGUUGUGUAUUGGCAUAGGACUUCUUGGUCUUACUUUAAAAGAGCUCAAACUCAAGAUGAAAGAUGACGAAUCGGUGACAUUUGUUCAAAGAACGCUUGGACUGACAAAGAAAGACAUUCUUAGGAAUGUAUUGCUCUGGUCGACUUGUGCCGUAUAUUUCUUUUACCAGUGGGGUAUUGUAACACCCCAAGGAAUAUUUGCUGAUCAGGACACAACAAAGCAGUUAAGUUCGAUUGACAACUUACCAAAAGCACUUUUUUACGGAUUAAGCCCAAUCCUUGGUUUGAUACUGGGAAUGUUUCUGGCAUGGAUGUUCAAGAAAGCAGUCUAUGACGAGAAAACCCGGUUCCAUGUGCAAACACUGAAAGCUGAUCGUAUGAAUAUCAUACUUGGCAUUUUAGUGGUGGCAGCGGCUACAAUGGGUAUUGGUUGCUUUAUUGCACCACAUGCUGAAACAUUUGGCUACUUCUUCCCAUUUAGUCUAGUGUUUGCAACUUUCUUUGCAUUUUGCGAAGGAUUGAGAGACGAUGCUGUCCCGGAUGAAUUUGGAAGGGAAAAUGUACGAAUUGUUGAAGGACUUAUACUGAUGUUUGCAGGACUUGGAGGAAUCAUUACAAAUGAAAUUGGAAGUAAUUUAGAAGAUGCGACAGCCGACGAAAACGAGGACGAUUGGAAGAAAUUAUUCCGUUAUGGCGGUGGUAUGUUGCUGUUGUCAUCGAUUGUGACAGCUCUUGUCUUGUUUCUCAAACAAAGCAAAACAUUGGACAAAAUACAAUCUGAAAUCGAUGCAAACACUGUCGCCCCGUUAAAAUCAAACGUCAUAAACGUCCUUCCAGCAAAUGGAAAACCAGAACUAAAGAUGCAAAGCCAAGACAGGAUUAGUGGCGUAAAUAAUCAAAAUAAUACUCGUCAAAGGAAUGGUAACGUUGACUCUUCAUCCAAGCAGGAGCAUAAUGUUACCCGAAUACAUAGCUCUCGAUCUAAUAAGCAAAGGAAUGCUCCACCUUCUUUGAACAUUGGAUACACCCAUUCUUAUCAGCAACAGGGCGUGUCACCGACCGUUCGCAGCAAUGACACCAAACCAUAUCAGCUUCCGGGGGUACCAUCGACUGUUCAGAGUGAGGAUUUUAAAAGGAAUCAACAUUCUAAGGAGGGGCUAUUGUUUAAUCCAAGUGGUGGUUUCAAAAGUAAUCAGCAGCCUGGAGUGCCAUCUUCUUAUCAGAGUGGUGGUUUCAAAAGUAAUCAGCAGACUAGAGAGCCAUCGCCUGAUCAGAGUGGUGGUUUUAAAAGUAAUCAGCAGUCUGAUCAGAGUGGUGUAUUCCAUCCUUACCAGCAACGGGGGGUACUAUUGGCUGAUCAUAAUGCUGUAUCGCAACCUGAGCAGCGCCCAGGUUUGUCCUCGUUAGAUCAAAUUGGUGUAUUCCAUCAUAACCAGCAACGAGAAGUUCCAUCGGCUGAUCAGAAUGGUGUAUCAAAUCCGGAUCAGCGCCCGAAUGUGACACAUCAUUAGAUCAGAGUGGUGAACUUUCAUCCUUUUCAGGUGCUGCAAUGAGUACUGUCUGCCAUAAUAGUAACAACGGA